AACCGCCGCGGACAGAUCAAUUCUCACCACUGAAGGGUCGACACCUGCGACAAAAUGAAGAUUUUCGUGGCUUUCGGGGGGCACAGAUUAUCCGUCAGGAUCAAACCAGGACUGACAAAGGCCAAGGCCAUCAAGGACAUGAUAAGGUACAAGUUUGACGUGUCGGCGACGGAGCAGGUUGUCAUCUUGUCUUUCGCCGGGUCAUCGCUGCAGGACGAGUGGGUUCUGACAGACAUCGGUGUCAGCCAGGCCUCGACUCUCAAGUGUACAGUCAAGGACGUGGACAGACCGAUCCUGUUCAUCCACUCCGUCUACAACGGACAGACUAUCGUCAUCCUGGACGACGAGAAUGUCAAACUUACGGGACAACGGUCGGGGAACUGCGGGGCCUCGUUUCCAAAAAAUGCGGUCUACCUGUCACCACUUUCCGGCUGACGAAAGACGGGGUCGGUAUGUAUGACUGCAACACUUUAGAUCAAUACAAUGUAGAGAUCGGAACUACGUUAAGACUGGAGACGUGGAAUGGGUGGAAUGACUUUCUAAAGGCCGCGGCGGACGGGAAUCAGUCGCUAGUUAGUCUCUACACGUCGUCGAGACCCAGCGUUGCUAGGUUC